CCUUCAAAAACGGCAGGCAAGGAAAAUCUUCCACGUGACAUGAGAGAGGACCACUCUAAUAUUUUCCACAUGCGCGCAUUUAUAAGCACUCUUUUCUUUGAAAACACUCUCUUACCCAAUGCACGUUUUUAAAACUGUUGCAAAUUUUGACACAGAUCUUCAAUAGGCGACAUGUCUGCUCCAUUGUGGAUUUCACGGCUCGUUGAAACAGGUUGUGUCCUCUUCUGAUUCUUAACAUUUUCCAGCAGUGAUUAUUAAAACUACGAUGAAGGAAACAUGUGUUGUUAUAUUACUGUUGUGCUCUAUCACCUGUUUGGGAAAGAAGAUGCGCUGGUGUACUGUAUCAGAGCCGGAGCAGAAGAAAUGUGCGGAGCUCGCCAAAGCGCUGGCCAGCGUCCUUCCACCCGCAGCUCUCGCCGCCUUUGGGCGUCUCUCAUGUGUGAAAGCUUAUGGCACAUCAGACUGCAUUAAUAAGAUACGGGAUAAUAAAGCUGAUUUGGUGAAUCUGGAUGCUGGAGAGGUUUAUUCUGCAGUGAAACAGUUUGGUCUCACAACAGUUGCAAAGGAAAUCUACAAAGAUGGUGGUUGUAUUCUUGCAGUGGCUGUUGUGCGGAAUGAUAGUAUACUAGAUAUGCGCUCUUUGAAGGGCAGUAGGAGCUGUCACAGUGGAGCACGCUGGACUGCGGGCUGGAGUCUGCCUUUAGGACAUCUGCUCUCUCGCAAUCUUCUGCCCUGGGGAGAGAAUGAGCCUCUUAGUCAGGCUGUUAGUGGUUUCUUCAAUGCCAGCUGUGUGCCCGGUGCAUCUGCAAUGGGAGCCAGUCUCUGUUCCUUGUGCAAGGGUCAAAGAUCAUAUAUUCGUCAGAAGAAUUUUCAUUGUGAGACCUCUCACAGCGAGCCAUUCUAUCACAACCAAGGGGCACUCAGAUGUCUGCAGUCAGGGGCAGGAGACGUUGCCUUUGUGGACCAUACAGCUCUAGACAGCAUAGCUGAAAGCGAGAAAGACGAGUUCAGACUGUUGUGUACGGAUGGUACACAGGCCCCCUUAAGUAGUUACAGUAAGUGUAAUCUUGGACGAGGCCCUGUAGGAGGUGUGAUCACACGUAUGAACAGCCGCAAAAUUGCUCGGAAGUUCUUGUUAGCUGCCCAGGUGGCAUUUGGCUGGAGGGGAAAGGAACGCCAGCGGUUCCAACUAUUUGAAUCAGCAACUUAUGGUGGAAGUGACCUUCUCUUCAAAGAUACGACUGAUAAACUCUCUGUUUUGAUGGAUGACAUGGACAUUAGCCAGGUUCUUGGACUGGACUAUGUGGCCUUGCUUAAGGGCCUUGGACAUGAAGGUAGCUCGCUGGAGGACAGCGUGGUGAGGUGGUGCUGUAUAAGUCAUGCCGAGCAGAAGAAGUGUGAGCAGUGGGCUCUUAAUAUAAAGUCAGAUCCUCUUGUGUGCGUGAAAGCCUCAUCAAUGAGCGACUGCAUUGAGAAGAUCAAGAAAGAUGAGGUGGAUGCUGUGUCCCUGGAUGCCACUCAUGCUUUCAUAGCUGGAAAAUGUGGCCUUGUCCCUGUUGUGACUGAAUAUUAUGGAGAGAAGUGUGACCUUGAUGGAGCAGGAGGCCAUUAUGAAAGUGAUGAUUUGCCGCCGGUGUAUGGCUUGGCAGUCGUACGUCGGAUAAGCAAAAGUCUGAAUUUUGGAAGCCUGGGAGGAAGACGCUCCUGCCAUGGUCACAUGUACAGUCCUGCAGGCUGGGUUUUACCUGUUAGACACACGCUUAGCACAGAACACAACAACAGUGCCACCUGUGAGCCAAGUAAAGUGUACGCUGAGGUGUUUUGGAAAGGUUGUUUGCCAGGAGGUCAAGGCAGUCUAUGUAAGGUGUGUAUGGGUGGGACUGAGGAAGCCGCCACCAGACGGUGUACUGACAACCAUAAUGAGCGUUACUAUGGCAAUAUGGGUGCAUUAAGGUGCUUGGUUGGAGACCCCAGUGGGAAGAGCUUUGGAGAUGUGGCCUUUAUGGACCACCACAAUCUUGAGAUCAACAUUAAACGUCUAAACAGCAGUGGCUGGGCAGCAGGGUGGCUCACCUGGGACUUUGAAUUGCUUUGUGUGGAUGGAAAUCGUGCUCCUUUGACUGAAUGGAAAACAUGUAACUUAGGAGCAGUUCCUCCAAAUAUUGUCAUGACACGUCCUGUUCUUACAGCUCGCAUUUAUGACCUUCUGAUGAAGUCACAGGAGACAAUAGCAGGUCAUCCAAAUACUGGAUUCCACCUAUUUGAGUCUGAGCAGUAUGGCGAGAGCGACCUUCUCUUCAAAGAUGCUACAAAGUGCCUUGUUCAGACUAGUCACAAGGACUACCGUACUAUACUGGGAGAAGAGUUCUACCUACAGAGAUCUUGCAGUUCUGCAAUAAAGACGUGUGCAGCAUAUUCUAAAAACAGAUGAAUGGCUGGCCGAUGGCAUUUAUGACAAUAGGUUGUCAUCCAAAACCACGGAGCAUAUCCUGUAUGCAUAUCUCUGGGGGAAAAGAGACCACUACAAAUUUGACUAUAGUUAGCAUUUCUAUUAUGUUUUUCCAUCACAAUGUUUGUCAAAUUCAGGCAAAACUACACCUUAGGUAUGGCAUGAAGUCACCCUACAGGAAUGUGAGGGACGGUAUACACUCAAAGGCUUAAAAAUCAGGGUCAUUUUAUAAGAUUAAUUGUAAAACUUUAGUAGUAUGGUGUUUAAAAACGAAUAUGAACAUAUUUUCUUUGCAAUAUUCAAGCUCCGAAAACAAUACAUAUUUUUGGUCCCGUUUUCAUUUUCGGCAUAAAUAUAAAAAAAUGUUUUUAUUUGGAAUUCAGAGAAUUAAGCAAAAAUCAAGCAAGAAUAACCAUUUGUGCUCGAAUACUUACCUGUUAAAAGU